AUGAUCGAUGGGGACAAAAAGGCAGCCAUUAAGGCUUAUAGAGCUUUUGAUGAGUAUGAAGGAAUUGAGGUAGCCUGGAACCAGGUGAAGCUUUAUGAUUUUCUGCAGAGGCCUGAAGAUCUUGAGAGGUUGUAUUGUGAAAUCCAUCUGCUCAAAACUUUGAAACACAGAAAUAUUAUGAAGUUCUACACUUCCUGGGUUGAUACUGCCAAUAGGAACAUCAAUUUUGUGACAGAGAUGUUCACCUCUGGUACUCUGAGACAGUAUAGGCUGAAACAUAAGAAGGUUAAUAUUAGAGCAGUAAAGCAUUGGUGUAGACAGAUUUUGCAGGGUCUUCUUUAUCUCCACAGCCAUGACCCUCCUAUUAUUCAUAGAGAUCUCAAAUGUGACAACAUUUUUAUUAAUGGGAACCAAGGAGAAGUCAAGAUUGGUGACCUUGGCCUUGCCGUGAUUCUAAGGAAAUCCCACGCUGUUCGUUGUGUAGGAACACCGGAGUUCAUGGCUCCAGAGGUGUAUGCGGAGGAAUACAAUGAAUUAGUGGAUAUUUAUUCAUUUGGCAUGUGUGUUUUGGAAAUGGUGACGUUUGAAUAUCCAUAUAGUGAAUGCACUCACCCGGCUCAGAUCUAUAAGAAAGUGAUCUCUGGAAAGAAGCCCCAUGCUCUAUAUAAAGUUGAGGAUCCCGAGGUUCGUCAAUUUGUUGAGAAAUGUUUAGCUACAGUGGCUGACAGGCUAUCAGCAAUGGAGCUUCUUAAUGAUCCUUUCCUCCAAAUCGAUGAUUCUGAUUCUGAUUUGAGGCCUUUAGAUUAUUACAGAGAUUACGAUGAAGUCGGUCUUUGGUUAAGGCAGCCGGUCUCGAGGGCUCAUCAUAGUAACAGUUCUUUAGUUAAUGGUUACUCUAAUUAUCUUGGUUAUGAACAAGAGAAUGACUUGGAUUGCCAUUCUAUUGAAUAUGAAGCGAAUGAAAUAGAUUUGUUCUCGAGUCAAGAGGAUGAUCACUUGGAAAACGUUGACAUUACAAUCAAAGGGAGAAGAAGAGAAGACAAUAACAUCUUUUUGAGACUAAGAAUUGCAGAUAAAGAAGGCUGUGUCCGAAAUAUUUAUUUUCCUUUUGACAUUGAAACUGACACGGCUCUUAGUGUCGCUGCCGAAAUGGUUGCCGAGUUAGAUAUCACGGACCACGACGUGACUAAGAUAGCGGAGAUGAUCAACAGUGAGAUUUCUUCCUUGGUACCGGAGUGGAAAAGGGGGGAAGAAAGUCUUGAUGAUGUGAACAAUAUUUACUGUCAGAAUUGUGCUUCGGAUGGUUCUCUUGUCGACUAUUUAUCCUUGCAUGGGCUAGGCAAAGACCUUCAAGUUCUUCAAUGUUUGAAGCAUGGAUGUGGUGAAGUACAUGGCCGGUUUGAAGAGAUCACGUACCAGUUUGAGGCACCCGAGGAAUGUGUUCCUCCCAUGGCGUCAAGCCAGUCUAAUGGCACGCACUAUACUGAUAUAUGGGCUCAACGAGACGGUCCUGAAUUAACUUCUGUUGAUAAUGAUAAAUAUGAAACUAUUGACCAAUCAAGGAAGGAUGACAGAACUGAGAGGAUUGACAAGGAGAAGUCAUCCAAUUUGAGAGGUUCCCCGACUAAAACUCCUUCGACUCCGGCAGAAGAUUAUGAGAACGAGAUAAGGCAGGAGCUGAGGUGGCUCAAGGCCAAGUAUCAAAUGCAGUUGAGAGAGCUUAGAGAUCAACAACUUGGGGUUCUGUCAAAAUCUUCUACUACUGAUGCCCGCGGGCCAAAAGAAGGGAAGGGUGAAGUUCUACUUAAAUCUUCUGCCUCGGGGAAGCAUUUGACUACAUUCGACUCCAUCAUUGACAGAACAAAUUGUACAAAUCAGAAGGUUCACGAUUACGAACCCACAUAUAAUUCUUGUAGUCCAGUGCAUAUGAUCACUGCCAAAAGUUUCUAUACUGGUUCCUUGCUUCAAAAUUCACUUCAUAGGGCCACUUCUCUACCAGUUGAUGCUACAGAUAUCUAA